AUGGCAAAAUCCAACAAGCAGCAGCAAAAAUCUGAUUCUCGAAAGCACGAGGUUUCCUUUCGGUGUACAAGGCCAUGUGAAGAUGCCCACCAUGGUAAAAGCUGUUUAAAAGCAACGGAGAAGAAAGACUGGGAAGAUGUGGUUUGCUCGGUGUGCAUGGAGUUUCCUCACAAUGCUGUCCUCCUGCUUUGUUCCUCUUAUGGCAAGGGUUGCCGUCCUUAUAUGUGUGCUACUAGUCCUAGGUAUUCCAAUUGUCUUGAACAGUAUCGAAAGGCCUACGCUAAGACUGCUCCAACCCAGAGUGCACAAUCAUGGCAACGGUCAACAGACUAUCCAGAUUUAUCGGCAACAUCAGGUUGGCCUGAUAGAUCUGAGCUCUUGUGCCCACUUUGCCGUGGGCAGGUGAAAGGUUGGACAGUGGUGGAACCUGCUCGAAAGUUCCUUAAUGAAAAGAAUCGAAGUUGCAUGCAGAAUAAUUGCUCAUUCGUUGGAACCUAUAAAGAGCUUAGGAAGCAUGUGAAGUUGGAGCAUCCUCUGGCGCGCCCUCGAGAAAUGGAUCCUUCACAUGUGGAAAAAUGGAAAAAACUGGAAAAUGAGCAAGAUAUAAGUGAUGUGUUUAGCACAAUUAGAUCUACCAUGCCUGGUGCUAUUGUAGUAGGGGAUUAUGUUAUAGAGAAUAACUAUCGUGGCUUUUCUCGGGGUUAUGAUGUUGAUGAUUAUAUAAAUGAUGCAAUUUUCAGGAUGGACUCAUAUGGUGGACGCUGGAAUAGCCCUCGAUUCACUUCUGAUUUUUUCCUGGAUGAUUAUGAUUCACUGGACGGGGAAGAUUUUGGCAUGCAGCAAGCUGGUACAUCUGUUUCAUCUAGACGUAUAGGAAAUAAUGUCUCCCGGUUGGCGCAGCCCCGUGCAAGAUUGUUGGUUGGAAGGCGGCCUCCCCGGCUCAGACUAGGCAGGUAA